AUGGGGUCUGCGGCGGUUCACGGUGUUAGCGAUUUUUCCCAAUUUUCGAAGAGUGAGCGGGAUGGGCUCGUUGAUUGCAUUGUGUCGGUGCUGUCGGCGCCCGAAUUGGACACUGUAGUGUCACAGCAAUACGCCAGUAGGAAAGUAGAUCAGGCAACGGCAAAGACCAAAGUGGUGCUGCGGGGUAGAAAUUGGACUUUCCCCACGGAUCAUGCUGAGAUCAGCAUUGGCAGGAACAGUGACCAAAUCCAAACGGCACAGAAGCACAAAGUGGAUAUAGAUCUGGCCCCCGGGAAGACUGUAUCAAGGCGGCACGCCACGAUUGCAAGGGAUGAGGCCCGGUCCGUGUGGCAGUUGAAAGUUCUGGGUCGUAACGGCGCCAAGCUCAAUUUCAAGAGAGUCCCCGGUGGGAAAAGCAUUACUCCCCUGGAUAUACAGUCCGGAAGUAUAAUAGAUAUCUGUGGUGUCCAGAUGAUCUUUCUCGUCCCCGGGGAGGACCCACAGGUGGACAUGAACUCCUUCAGUUAUUUGAUACCAUCGUUAGUAACGAUGUACGGGCUACAUGGGAACAACAACACACUCCUACAAAGCAUUAUAAACAGUUCGAAGUACCUCGAAGAGCAGAAGAGGAAUGGUAACUACACGGCUAAAAUACCCGCGGUGGCCCCAGUGGCCUCAGUAGCAGAUCAUCCGGGGGACGAAUCGGUGCCCAUGUCGGAGACGACCACUACCGUCGACGUACCGUCAGAGAAGCCAGAGAAGAUACCACAGAAACCCGUGAUAGAAGACCGCAAAAAUUUGGGUAUAUCCACGAUCAAAGCUGAGACCGCGGAUUUUUACUCGGAUCUUAGAGCAACGCCGUCCUCCGUCACAAAGGUACCAUCGAUCCCCCUGUUGCAAACGUCCCCGCCACGGGAAGAUGGGCAAGUUAAAUUAGCCAGCUCACCAGCAGGGAAGACUGUGCUUCCCGGGUCGCCCCUAGCGCAAAACGCGGUGAAACUGAACGCAGAACAGUCACCGACGGCGAGCAAAGUGGUGGUGAAAGAUGCGAAGAGUGUCGGGCAGACCGCCCGUGUAGAGCAGAUGCUAGCGACGAGGGCAAAGAAACCGUCUGUCCCAUAUUCGACGAUGAUUGCACAGGCUAUUCUAUCGAACCCGCGCGGGUGUCUCUCCCUUUCGGAAAUCUAUGAGUUUAUUUCGGCAUCGAACCCGUACUACAAGAUGUCGUUGACCAAUUGGAAGAACUCCGUGAGGCAUAACCUUUCGGUGAACCCAUCGUUUGAGAAAAUGGAGCGAGGGGGGAACCCGAAGUCAAAGGGCAUGGACUGGCGCAUCAGCAAGACACUAACGGACGAGUUCCUGGUCUACUGGUACCGCGGGAAGACACUGCGGGUCAGUAAGAAUCUUACUGCCGUGUUGAAGGAAUUGCAACUUUACAUGUCUACGCACAACGAGUUACCAGGACAAGACCCACCGGAGACGUACCAAAAGUGA